AUGCUUUCUCGUCGUUAUUUACGUCGUAGUCUUGUAACAGCUCUUCUGCUACCUAUUGUUAUAUUACUUUUACUUGCUAUUUAUCAAAAUCGCCAUGUAAUAUUCUUUGAAACUUCAUUUGAUCAUCAUGAUCAUGGUCAUCAUCAUGAAGAUCAUUCUGAUUUAUCACAUGAUCAUAUUCCAAAUCAUAAAAUAAGAUAUCAAUUUUCUCCAAAACAAUUAACAACUAAUAGUACUACAUUAUUAAAUGUACAUAUAAAUGAAGAUCAACAAACUAAAAAGUCAGUACAAACUUCUCAAAUUCCUUCUCUUAUGAAUGUGGUCAAUAGCAAUAAUAAUAAUAAGCAAAUUGUAUCAGCAAAAAAUCAAACAUUAACAUUACCUGUUAUAGAAACAAAAAAUCUUCAACGUUUUGUACAUCUUGAUUUAAAAGGUGCUGCACCAAAAGUGGUUUAUUUUGAAAAAUUAUUUCCAUAUUUAAAACAACUCGGUGCUACUGGCUUACUUAUUGAAUAUGAAGACAUGUUUCCAUUUACUGGUCGUUUAUCAAGUAUACAACAUGGUCUUGCUUAUAAAAAGAAUGAUAUUGAAAAAAUAUUACAAUUAGCUGAGAAAAAUAAUUUAAAAGUGAUGCCAUUACUUCAAGUUUAUGGUCAUUUAGAAUAUGUACUUAAAUUAAAAGAAUUUAUGCAUUUACGAGAAGAUACAAAAUAUCCACAAGUUAUAACACCAUGUCUUGAAGAGAGCUAUGAAUUAUUAUUUGAAAUGGUUGAUCAAAUGUUAACACUUCAUCCAUCAAUUCCAUAUCUUCAUAUUGGUUGUGAUGAAGUUUAUUAUCGUUUCAUUCAUCCACAAUGUGCUAAAUAUAAAUUUCGUGAUGAAGCUGAUUUAUUUAUCAGGUAA